AUGGAGGAAUCCCUAAACAUCACCAUUGAUCCAGCUUGUUUACAAGAGCCCCCGCUGGCUAUUGACGUGAUAAAGGAGCUAGAUGUGUUUGGAUUGUGCCUGUACUCCAUACUCACCUUCAUGUCCUGCGUAUCCCUGCUGCUGUACCUGGAGCAGUGCGUCUAUAUUUAUAAAAAACUGCCCUACCCCAAAAAGACGACCCUCAUGUGGAUAAGUGGCGCCGCACCAGUCAUUGCCACUAUGUCUUGCUUUGGGAUGUGGAUCCCGAGGGCAGUCAUGAUCACAGACAUGACGUCUAACUGUUAUUUUGCAGUUGUGAUGUACAAGGUGUUGGUUCUGUUGAUCGAGGAGUUGGGCGGCACCAAUGCUUUUCUGAAGCGGUUUUCCACUGAAACCUUUAAGGUCAGCACAGGACCUUGCUGCUGCUGCUGCGUCUGUUUACCCCGCGUGCCCAUGUCACGGCGAUUGUUAUUCUUCCUGAAGUUGGGUACUCUUCAGUAUGCAAUCCUAAAGACUGUGCUCUCUAUCGUCGCCAUUAUAUUGUGGACAAACGGCAACUUUGAUCUCUCUGAUCUAGAGAUCACUGGUACAGCCAUUUGGAUUAACCCAUUCAUUGGCGUUCUCACUAUCAUCGCCCUUUGGCCUGUUGCCAUCAUCUUCAUGAACACUAAAGGCUUUGUACGGAGCCAAAAUAUGAUACUCAAGUAUGCCAUCUACCAGCUAAUACUUGUACUGAGUCAGCUGCAGACCUCCAUCAUUAACAUCCUGUCAUUGGAUGGCACCAUCGCCUGCGCCCCUCCCUUCUCUUCUCAAGCUCGUGGCUCCAUGCUAAGUCAGCAGAUGAUGAUCCUGGAGAUGUUCAUCCUCACUCUGAUCAAUCAGAGUUUGUACCGUCGUACAUAUGACCCAAUUCCCUCCCACGAGGCACAUGACAACGACCACGACGCUAAAGUUGCGCUGCAGACUGUUCUUGUGGAGCAUGACGUCUAA